CUGUGCUGUGUCUCAAAGGGCGGCCAUGUUAGAAGUUUUACUAGAGUCCGCCCAAGUGGAGCCCGUCCAAGUUUCCUGAGGCAGCUGACUGAAGACAGCUAGGGAUUCCCUCCCGACAAAGUAACCACAUAGCGACUUGACUUGGACUUGAACUUGAGACACAAUGAACACAGCCGGCUUCCUAGUCGCAGUGCGGAGAGGAUGCACACAGACCUCCAGACGACCUCUGCUGGCUCUGCCUGUUUCCUCCUCUAUGGUUCAGUGCUGCCGGCAGUCCACGGAGACUGUCCCUGCGGCCCGGAUGCCCUACAGAGUGAAGGUGUCUGCUGGGAAACGCUAUGCCUGGUGUGCCUGUGGACACAGUAAGAAACAGCCUUACUGUGACGGAGCUCACAGGACAAAAGCUCCGAGCAUCUCUCCUCUACGUUUCACCCCUGACAAAGACAGGAUGGUCAUGCUGUGUGCCUGUAAGGAAACCAAAAAUGCGCCAUACUGUGACGGCUCGCACUUUAAGGUCAUAUUCCGGGAUUUAGUAAAGUCGGUGAAAGGCAUCUUUAAAUGAACAGUAUUCAAGAUGUCUGCACUGGGAGGCCAAGGACCAGUUACCUUAAAUACACAACAGAAAACAAUGACAAGUAUAUAUGUUUUUGUAACCAGUGUUUGCAUUACCCAUUAAAAA